AUGGCUCAACUGCAGAAGCCUGAGGUUGAUGCCUUGACUGAGAAGUCGAUUAGGUCUCUGGUGUUGUACAUAGUGGGUGAAGUCCCUACUAUUGCUUCUAUUAAAAGAUACAUUGCUGCAAAUUGGAGUCAUGUUAGUACCCCUAGUGUCUAUUUACAUGAUGAUGGGUACUUUGUAGUACAUUUUAACUCUAUUGUAGAGAGAAAUGAAGUGUUGAGUGGAGGUCCUUAUACAUUCUUCAAUAGACCAAUAAUCAUCAAGCUUUGGUCCUCUGAUUUCAACUUCUAUGAAGAGGUUCUUAGGGUCAUUCCCUUGUGGAUUAUGUUGCCUAAUUUACCCCUUAACUGUUGGAGUUGUGAUUCAUUGAGCAGGAUUGCUAGUUUACUUGGAGUGCUUGUAUGUGCUGAUGACUGUACUACUAGGCAACAAAGGGUAUCAUUUGCUAGACUUCUGGUUGAAAUGGAUGUCACUGCUGACCUUCCAGAACACAUUUGGAUUGAAGACAUAAGUGGCAAUGUGUUCAAGCAGAAGGUUCAGUAUGAUUGGAGACCCACAUACUGUCACCAAUGUCAAAUGCUAGGUCACAACUGUGAGGAAGUGAGCUACACUCACCCUCAACCCACCAGGAAAGAACCACAGAAAGUGAAGAAGGUGUGGGUUCCCAAGAAACAACAAACUGUAGCUGUUGUUGCUCCCACACCUACCUCCACUUCUUUGAACCAAUCAGUUGCAGCUACCCACUCUGGUGCUGAUGCAGGCUGGAGGGUUGCUACUAAAAGCACAAGAAAUAGGGGUGUGCCUGUCCCUACUAGCAACACCUUUAACACUUUGGUUGAAGAUGACUCUGAUACUCCUGAUACUGAUGAUGAUAUUGAUGAGGGUACUGAUGUGGGCCAAGGGGAUGGGAUUGUGCUUCCUCCAGAUCCUUUAUGUUAA